AUGCUCUCUAUUCGGCGUGUAAUUCCUCAGGCUGUCGCUGAUAUAUUUGAUUUUAUAGAAAAAAAUGAAGACCAAUUUAUAUUUAAAGUAUCUGUAUAAUUUAUGGAAUUAUAUCAAGAGCAAUGCUUUGAUUUACUAUCUGGGAAAAAGCGAGGUCAUAGUAUUAUUGAGAUUCGAGAAGAUUUUAAGGGUGUGAUCUUGCCAGGUAUAACAGAAGUGCCAGUCUCUUCAAUGGCUGAAACAAUGUUGGUACUAGAGAGAGGUUCAUCAGGCCGUAUGACAGGUGCCACUGCAAUGAACCAGGCUUCCAGUCGGAGUCAUGCUGUAUUCACUAUUACCAUCUUAAAGGAGAGUCGAACUGAUAAAAACCUUGUGACAUCGUCUAAGUUCCACCUUGUCGACUUGGCUGGUUCCGAGCGCAUAAAGAAGACGAAGGCUAGUGGAGAGCGACUUAAGGAAGGAGUUAAAAUUAACCAGGGCUUAUUGGCUCUUGGUAAUGUGAUCUCUGCGUUGGGAAAUGGCACCAAUAGGAGUUUUAUUAGCUACAGAGAUAGCAAACUUACGAGGCUACUGCAGGACAGUCUCGGCGGUAAUUCCCUAACCUUAAUGGUAGCGUGUGUGAGUCCGGCGGACUUUAAUUUUGAUGAGACGUUGUCUACGCUGAGAUACGCGGACCGCGCAAGGCGUAUACGCAACAAGCCCGUUAUUAACCAAGACGCUAAGGCCGCUGAGAAUGUUCGCCUUACCAAUUUAGUGAAUGACCUCAAACUGCAACUCCUUGAUAAACUUCCAUCACCGAGUGAUAAAAGCAAAGAACAAUUGCAAGAAGAGUUAGAUAGAGAAAGAGCCAAAUACCAAGUGGUAUUAAAAAAGAAUAAACAUAUCACAGAACAUUUGGGGAACAUCCUCAUUGAAAACACGAAUCUAUGUGAAAAAGUCCUUUUGGCUGAAGCUGCAAAUAACAAAAUUGAGGGGAAGCUAAACGAACUAACAGAACAUUGCAAUCAGAUUAUAGAAAAUGUGACAAUGGAUAAAGAAGAAGACGACUCACAGAAAACAAGUUUAAUGGACCACUUGAAGGAGAUUAAGACACGAUUGGAAGAUAUGCAGACUUUGAACAAACAGAUCAAUGAAGAAAUGAUCGAUCAUGAUAUUAAAGUUUCGUAUAUGCUAAAGGAAAAUGGUGAUAAUGGUCAUAAUGGUGAUAAUGGUGUUGAAGAAGUGAUGACUGAAGAUCAGGCCGCGAUUGAGGGGGAGAAGCGGGCUAUGGGACAGGUGGCAUUGAACCAAGAAUUGCAAGAAUUCAAUCGGGAAAUGGCUUUUAAAGCAGCUCUGGUACAAAGCAUUCUUAGAAAAAACCAGGAUAUAUUAAAAUCCCAGGCCCUUUUAUCAACUAGAUAAUCAAUAACUAUCAUAAUAUCUAUCAAUGAGGACAAAAUCGCUAAAUUGGAGAAGGAAAAGGAUGAGUUAUUGCAACAGUUGAAGAAUACUCAAACCAAGGAUCUGUCCCAUGAUGAGAACCGCAAGCAAGUGUCGAAGUUGGAAUCAGAGAUCACGGAGCUGAGGAAGAAAUGCCAGCAUCAAGCCAACGUCAUCGAGACGACGCAGAAGAACGAAUCCCAUAUCAAGUCGUUAAAUGAUGAGCUACAAGCCAUGGAUGCUGCUAAGGUGGAAUUAAUUCGUAAAAUGCGUGGAGAAUGCGAGAAGUACCGCAAAUGGAAGGCAGACAACGAACGGGCGAUGUUGCGCCUGAAGGCGGAAGAUCGCAAACUUGUAUCUGCGAUGGCCAAGAUGGAGUCCCUACACGCGAAGCAGCAGAAUGUGCUGAAAAGGAAGAUGGAGGAAGUUGUGGCUGUUAAUAAGAGACUCAAGGAAGCCCUAGACCGCCAAAAGUUGGCGGUCAAACAAAAUGCAAAGGAAAAUGUAAAUGUCAGUAGGGGCGCCGUACUGAAAUAUAUUGAACAAGAACUGGAGAUGCAUUUAAGUAUUGUGGAGGCGGAAAAGUCGCUUGAUGAACUUAUGGAGUACCGAGCGUUGAUAACUCGGCAAAUCGAGAUCGUCCGCAACUGUACAGACUCUGAAGCCAAUCGCAAGAAGCUUCAUGAACUGGAAGAUGAUUUGGCCUUACGCAACGCGCAGAUUUCUGAUCUGCAUCAAAAAAUUAUUACUGCCGAUCAAGAAAACGAUGCUCUAAACCGCUGGGACAAGAUCCAAUCGAUGCCCGAGGCCAAAGCGGCUCUCAAGUGCCUCUUCGAGUUACUUGUAGAGGCGAAGAAAGAUCUCCAAAGCCAGACUGAGAAAGGCUUCCAGGCGAAAUACGAAGAGAUCAAGAACUCUUACGACCGCCUCAAAGUGGAGUACGAGAACAGGGAAGCGGAAUUCGAGCGGAAGUUGGCGGGUAUCAAGGCUGAACAUGAUGAAAAGCUAUCCAUCCUCUUCGAGUUUCAGCGCAAGGUAAUUUGCCGCGGGGACGAGACGGAACCGUGUCGCAAUUUGCAAACGGCAUUGCAGGUACAGCAAGAUAAGCUGGAGUUGCUGGACCAGCAGCAUAUGUAA